AUGUGUGGUAUCUUCGCGUGUCAUCAUCACCCUGAUGUGAAGGGCUUCAAGCCUACAGCUUUGCGCAUGUCAAAGGCUGUGCGCCAUCGCGGACCGGAUUGGAGUGGAAACUUCAUCGCCGAAAAGACUGUUCUUUGCCACGAGCGUCUCUGCAUUGUCGGUGUCGACUCCGGUGCGCAACCCCUCGUCAACGAAAAUGGAUCCCUCGCCCUGGCCGUCAACGGUGAGAUCUACAACCACCGUAUCCUGAGAAAGACUCUGGACGCGGACUACAACUACAAGACACAUUCGGACUGCGAAGUCAUCCUCCCUCUGUAUAUGAAAUAUGGUCUCGAUGCGCCCAAGCAUCUUGAUGGUAUGUUCGCGUGGGUUUUGUUCGACAAGGAGCAGGAUAGGGUUGUUGCAGCACGUGAUCCCAUCGGUAUCUGCAGUUUCUAUAUCGGUUGGUCAUCUCAGACUCCCGGAGCCGUUUACUUCGCCUCCGAGUUGAAGAGUUUGCACCCAGUUUGCGACAAGGUCGAGACUUUCCCCCCUGGCCAUGUCUUUGACUCCAAGACCGGUGAAUUCUCCCGGUAUUUCCAGCCCUCAUGGUGGGAUCCCACCAACGUCCCCAACACCCCAAUCGACUACAUGGCCAUUCGCGAGUCUCUCACGAAAUCCGUCCGGAAGCGUCUGAUGGCGGAGGUUCCGUACGGUGUCCUGCUGUCUGGUGGUCUUGACUCCAGUUUGGUUGCCUCGAUCGCCCAGCGCGAGACCAAGCGCACGCAGUCCGCUAGCAACGGCGUCAAGAGCGAGGCCAACGGUCAGUUGGUCGGCAUUGAUGACGAGAACGAGCUCUCAACAGUCAACUCCUUUCAGCAGCUGCAAUCCUUCUCGAUUGGUCUUCCUGGGGCCCCCGACACCGAGGCUGCUAUGGAGGUGGCUAAGUUCUUGGGAACCAAGCACCACGCCCUGACUUUCACCGUUGAAGACGGUCUUAACGCUCUUUCCGACGUUAUCUACCACCUGGAAACAUAUGAUGUGACCACUAUCCGAGCUUCUACCCCCAUGUACCUGCUCAGCCGCAAGAUCAAGGGUCUGGGAGUCAAGAUGGUUCUGAGUGGUGAGGGAAGCGACGAGAUUUACGGUGGAUAUCUUUACUUCCAUGCCGCCCCCAACAGGGAGGAGUUUCACAAGGAGACUGUCCGACGUGUGAAGAACUUGCAUCUUGCAGACUGUCUCAGAGCCAACAAGUCAACAUCGGCAUGGGGCUUGGAAGCACGUGUUCCUUUCCUCGACAAGGCUUUCGUCGAGACAUCGAUGUCGGUUGACCCUAAGGAGAAGAUGAUCACAAAGGACCGUAUCGAGAAAUACAUCCUGCGCAAGGCGUUUGACACCUCCGAUGAGCCCGAUGUCGAGUCCUACCUCCCCGACAAGAUCCUCUGGCGCCAGAAGGAACAGUUCAGUGAUGGUGUCGGCUACAGCUGGAUCGAUGGCCUUAAGGACAACGCCGAGCUUCACGUCACUGAUGAGAUGAUGAAGAACCCCAAGCCUGAGUGGGGUAACGAUAUCCCAGAUACCAAGGAAGCUUACUGGUACCGUAUGAUGUUCGACGAGCACUUCCCGCCGUCCUGCGCAGGCACAGUCGAGCGCUGGGUCCCCACAUGGUCGAAACAGAGCGAUCCUAGCGGAAGAGCCAUUUCCACCCACAACGCCAAAUACGACAGCACCGAAUAG